AUGCUCAGAGAUUCAAUUCAGUCCAGUAACAAGUAUUUUAAAGUGCUCUACGGCCCUCUAGAUCACGUUUUCUACUUAACUUUACAUAACAGACCAUACAAAUAUUUCGUGCUCUAUGAUGAAUGCUAUCGUCACAUCAAAAAGAUAGAUGCUACCAAUGUUUCCUGUUUCCAGACCAAGUGUGUUAACUCCGAGUCAACUUACGAGCAUAGAAAUAGGAAAAAGACCGUUUUAACUACAAAACAUAUUCUGGAGAUAUAUUUCGGGAGUACAAAUAGGAACCCACUCAUUUUCACAGCACUUUCGUUUGAUGACCUCAAACUUUUAAGCACUGAAAUUGAAAAUGUGUUUGGAGUUAGAGUUUAUUCAUACGGGAGCCUUAACGCAGCCUUUAAAAAGGCACUCCAACAAUCUGACGAUAGGGAAGAAGCCCGUGAAGAAUAUGAUUAUGACGACAGGAUUCACAAAUAUAAGCUUCACAAGCAUGCUCACGACUUGAAGAAUUUAUACGAUUUGGCACAAUUGGACCCUGAUGAACACGGUGAGCCUAUGGCAGAGUUUUCAGGAAAAUAUCCUGUGGUAAUUGAAGGAGACAUGGAAAGUGGCUCGUUCGUAUCCUACAGAGAUAUAAGAACAAAGCACGGAUUAACUAACUCAGUUUAUAAGGUCGAGUGGUACCUUUCAACUGCAUUUGGUAGUCAGGAUCAGUUCUUUCAAAUACCUUCUGAGACUUCAGACACCUUUUAUCUCUCUGAAUACAUGAUCGGUCAUUACUUAAUGGUGAAGGUUUAUAGGGCAAUAAAGUAUUAUGAAAACAGGUCCUAUGUAUACUCAGUUUCGCAAAAAGGACCUAUCUGUCCAACCACUCAGCUUUGUCAUAACAUACUAAUCAACUCAUCAAGGAAAUCCGACUUUCAUGAUGUGCUGAUUUCAACUCUUGACCUAGACGUUCUAUUCGCUGUUGUUGAUAAAUCUAGCAAAUUCGGGGAAUACAAACCCUUUAAUAACCCAAAUGUAGUUAAAAAUUACCCUCAUUUUCAAAGAGCGGUAACGUUUACUGAGGAUAAUUUACUAGACAAUGAGUCCGGUUCUGAGGAUAACAAGCAGGUUGCGAAAGUCGAAAAAAGCCUUUCAGCAGAAGUUGUAACUCAUGAAAAUAGUGUUAAUAAUGAUAAAAUUGUGGACAAAAUUGAUCCAACCCCUGUAGAAACGGUUGAACUAGUUCAAAGUGAUACCAGCAAUGAAUUGGAGGAAGAAAAUUAUCUUGAUAACAUCGCCGAUGAUCUGUUUGAGGAUGAAAACGUUCAAACCAAGAUACCAAGAGGGAAUUAUAUUAAGUUAAAAGCUCCAUCCAAAGAAGUUAAAAUUUACGAUUUAGCCCAAGAUGGCGAUCACGUUGAGAAUAGUGAGGAACAAGAAAUGACACCAGAACAAAUACGUAGUAACAAGGAGAGUCUAAAAUUUCUUUAUGGUAUUUCAAGCUCAGAACUUGAUUUAAUAAAUGAAUCCACAACCGUUUCUGACCUCUCGGAGGACGAAAAGAAGACCAACAACCCUAAUAAAUAUAUUGAAAAGGGUAAGAAAAAGAGGUUCUCGAUUUUUAAUUUAUUCAAAUCAAAUAAAAGAGCUGAAAAUCUUAGGAUACCUAACGAUAAACCACAAAAACAAAUGAAAAGAAAUCAAAAGACUCACCCUCAACAACAAAACAUUAAUAAAAACCCUGGAAAAGUAAAAUCUGAUCAGAAAAAUGUGGUUGAUGAUAAAGAAUUAGUUGAGAAGUUGGAUGAACAAAACCAUGGCCUUGAACAACCUGAUAACCAGGAACCAAAACCUGUUAAAAAUCAACCUGACGGUAACAUUUCAGAUUUUGAAAUUGAAUCUGGUGACUCAAAAAUGUAUAUUAAACAGUAUGAUGAUAUUCAAGGUUCUAACGAUAAGAUUCCUAUGGACAGUAAACUUAAGGGUAAAUGGUCACUUAAAUUAUUUAAUAAAGGUAAUGCUAAAGCUAAAAUUGAAGGCGGUGGGUCUAACAGUUCUAGAUCAUCCAAGAGUACUGACAGCAAACCUGAUAAAAAGAAUAAAAAACCCAAAAAGGUUAUUUAUGAUAGGAAAAGAGAAAAACAACAGAGAGCUCUAAGGGCUAAAAGUGAAAUGAACAACUCGCCAACUUCUAAUUCUGAAUUCACUACCACUGGUUCUGAGGACUUUGACGAAUCAGUUUCAUCAAAUGAUUUUGAUAAAAAACUAAGAGAAAACCCCAAGUCUUUAACGCCUCAAAAACCUGCUAAACGAAAGGACAAACCAGCUAAAUCUGAAAAGAAUAAGCCUUUAAAGGGAGAGAAACAUGUUAAAGGGCCAAAAUCUCCGAAUAAUUCAAGAAUUUCAGGUUCUAGAACACCCAGGGCGGGGAAAACACCCACCAAUUCACCAGUGUCAAAACCUAUUAAAGGUAAAGCCAAAACUGGUAAAAACCCUCCUAACAAACAGAAUAUGAAGGUUCAUGAGACUAAAAAGGGCAAGGGUGGUAUUUUCAGUAUUUUUAAGAAGAACAAACAUGAAGAAGCACCUCCACAGGAUCAGAUCAAACCAAUUGAUCCACGAGAACAGGAGAAAAUUAGCUUAGAAAAGUACAAGAGAAUAGUUGAUACCAUAAAAUUUGUUCCAGUUAAAUUGAGGAUUUGCUUGAACGAGCUUAUUAUAACAUUUGGAUUGACAAGCUUGAGUUUGAGGUGGAACCAAAUAACAGUUGAGAAGGCAGACCAACUAUGUUUUAGUCAGUUUCCAUCAAUCCAACAACAACUUGAAAACAAACUGACAAUAGUUUACAACAAUGGAGUUCCAAUCAAGGUUAGACUAAGAACGCAGUCGUCAUUUCAAAGAAAUGUUCUAUUCCACUCUAUAAUAUUUAACAAAUUUAGAAGAAAUUACUCAAUUGACCGUUGUGAUAGAGAACUUAACACUUGUUUUUACGACGGAAUAAAGAGAGCAUACGUAAGAGUUUGCGCAGCAUAUUAUGAAGCCAGUAAAAGAAAUGAAGAAAAGAACCAGAAUUAA